GCACUGCGGUAGGCGCCCUAGGGGUUGGCAGGACCCUGACCCCAAGAUGGCGGCGCCCAGUGAAGUGGACGCACCUGCCUCCGGCGAAGGCAGUGGGGAGGGCAGCUGUUUCGGAUCCUGGCUGGAUGGACGGUUGGAGGCGCUGGGAGUGGACCGAGCUGUUUACGGCGCCUACAUCCUGGGUGUCCUGCAGGAGGAGGAGGAGGAAGAGAAGCUGGACGCUCUGCAGGGCAUUCUCUCUGCUUUCUUGGAAGAAGAUUCCCUUCUUACCAUAUGCAAGGAGAUUGUGGAACGAUGGUCAGAAACUCAGAAUGUUGUCACCAAAGUGAAAAAAGAAGACGAGGUACAGGCCAUUGCUACCCUGAUUGAGAAACAGGCACAGAUUGUGGUGAAGCCCAGGAUGGUGUCAGAAGAGGAGAAGCGGAGAAAAGCUGCCCUCCUGGCCCAGUAUGCUGAUGUGACAGAUGAAGAAGACGAAGCAGAUGAGAAGGAUGAUUCAGGUGCCACCACAAUGAACAUUGGUUCUGACAAAUUUCUGUUCCGAAAUACCAAUGCGGAAGAUGUCCUCAAUGCCCGAAAACUGGAGCGAGACUCGCUUCGAGAUGAGUCCCAAAGGAAGAAGGAACAGGACAAGCUGCAGAGGGAAAAGGACAAAUUAGCCAAGCAGGAGCGCAAGGAAAAGGAAAAGAAAAGGACACAAAAAGGGGAACGAAAGCGAUAACCUUGGUCAACUCUCUUCUUUCUCCUCGUGAACUGAUCAAAGGGAGAACUGGUUGUGCACAUGAGUAAUUUAAGAGAAAUGAGAGAACAUUGCGGAGUGGUUUCUCAAGGCAUUUCCCCUUUUGUUUACAUGGUCAAAAGGAAAAUCACAAACACUUCUAAUUACAAAAUGUUCCAUGUUUCUGUGCUGGGUAUUCAGAUUGUUGUAGUUAUCAGUACCAAAGAUCUGGAGUGGGGGCAACCUUUCUAUUUUAGUACCGAAGUGCUGUGCUCCUUUUGGCCACUUUCAAAAGUCUUCCCUCACCUUGGAUAAACUAGCAGGAAUAUUCAGAAAGUUGACAGUUACAGUUUUUAUCCUGAAGGAGCAGAAUCAUGACCACUCCUUCCCUGAGAUGAAAUGUGGGAGUGUAAAUUGCUUCAGAAGUACUAUUCACUCCUAAAUGUAUUAUUUUUAAGACUCAAAUAGAAAGCUAAUGAAGAGUCAGACUUUAUGUUGCAUGGCAACAAACUAGGAAAAUGAGAAGAAAUUAUUUGAUGGAUGUUCUAGAUUUGAGAAUUUUUUUUUUAAAAAAAGUACCCUAUGGGAGGAAAGGAAGUAUCUUUUUAAAGUAAUAAUAGUUAUAAUUUUCCUCUAGGAUGUGAUUUUAAGAAGGGUGUGUCAGUAUUGUGUGCAAGGAUAUCAUUGUUAGCUAGAUUCCUCUUGAUUGCUAGUAGAGAUUUUAGUCCUGAUUUGCCCUAAAACACGAGUAUAAAGACCUGAUAAUUACAGGUGUAGAGGAACUGCCUUUUCAGGAAGAAACACUGGAAAUCUCUGUUAACACAAAGAUAUUUAAGAGUGUACAUAGUAGGUGCUCAACAAAUUACUUGAGUGAGUGAGUGAGUGGGAAAAUUGCUUGGGAGAGUCAAAAGUGAGCAGGAACUCUCCAUUUUUACUUUUGUCACAAAUUACAUUCAAUUUGAAAUCAGGCCUUUCUCCUUCAGGCAAGACUGUCAAGAAGUCUGAAGAGAACAAUUUCUCCAACAAAACAAAGUAGAUAUUUUAUACCAGGGGUCAGCAAAUUACUGCCUGCAAGACAAAUUUGGCCUAGUCUGUUUUUGUAUGGUGCAAGCUAACAAUGGAUUUUAUGUUUUUAAAGGGGUGAUAAAGAAUAUAUGACAGAGACCUUAUGUGGCUUGUAAAGCCUAAAAUAUUUGCUAUCUGAACCUUUGGAGAAAAAGUUUGCUGACCUCUGUUUUAUACCAUUGAGAUUAACAAAAGUUUUUACCUUUGUGCAGAAGGUAAAAAGCAUGGUUAAGGAAAAGAUGUGUUACCACUAUACACUCCUAUAACCGUGGCAUUCGCAAAAUUAAAUAACCUUUUUAAAAAAUAAACUUUAUUUAAAUCAA